AUGGAUACAGAGCAUAGAGAAGAAGUAGACGCUUUAACUAAUGAAUGGUCUAAGGAACGAAAACAAAAUACAAAUUUAGAGACUGCUGAAUGUAAAAAUGAAAAGGCACUUGAAAAAAUCAUUCAAGAUGUUGAAACUACUUCACAACGAGAAGAAGUUUUACAACGCCAAGUAACUAAACUUACUAAAGAACUUGGUGAAUUAAAAAAAAAUUACAGAAAUGAAGUUUAUAAUAAACCUAGAACCAAUGAUAUGGAUGAUGAUAAUAACAAAGGUGGAUGUGAAAUGGAAUACUUAAGAAAUGUUUUAUACGAAUAUAUGAUGGGAACGCAACCUAUGGUUUUGACAAAAGUGUUAGCUGCCAUAGUAAAAUUUGAUUCCAAUCAGUUGAACACUGUACUCCAAAAAGAAGAACAGAAAGUUUCUUUAACAAAAACUUUAGGCAUGUGA